AUGGCGAUCGCAGAGGAGCGACCAAAACUCAUAGUGGGUGUUGACUUCGGAACAACAUUCAGCGGCGUUGCCUGGGCAUUGGAAGACUGCCCUGAUGAUAUUGAGCUCAUUCAGACAUGGCCAGGUGGUGGCAAUAUCACAAGCCAGAAAGUCCCAACGUUGUGUUCCUACGACGACAGCCGAAUGCAAUGGGGUUAUCAGACUAACCGGUCAAUUCAUCCGGGCAAGGAGCAGCGACUCAUCCAAGGAGUCAAGCUCUUGCUGGAUGAAAUCGGCCACGCUCAUGAUGUCUUGACGCGUCGCUUUGGUACUGCGCUGCAAACUAUGGACUUGGAAUACAUCCUUACUGUCCCCGCUGUUUGGUCUGAUAAAGCUAAAGAUCUUACUAUGCAGGCAGCUCACCAGGCUGGCAUAUCUGCUGCGAAUUUGAGACUCUUGUCUGAACCGGAGGCGGCUGCAGUCUGUGCAAUUCGGACAAUUCAACCGAAUACAAUCGCAGAAGAUGACUGCUUGAUUGUCUGUGAUGCUGGGGGUGGAACGGUCGACAUAAUCACCUAUCGCGUCAAACAAAGCGACCCGUUGACAUUCGAGGAAGCCACAAAGGGAACUGGUGCUGUUUGUGGCUCAGUGAUGUUAGACGAGAGAUUUGACGCACUUAUCAAAAGCAUCAUCGAGAAGCAGUUGCAUAAACCGCUCCCCCAGUCUACUGUCAGGGCGGCACGAAAGUAUUGGCAAGACUACAUUAAGCCUGGGUAUACAGGUCCUCUCGACGACGAUGAGAUGUGUGACGUAGGAUAUUGGAUCCCAGUUCCUGGAGUAUCGGGUAUCUCAAAUAUCGAGCUCAGUGAGGGGCACUUAUAUCUAGACAGAGAUCAAGUGAAAGGCAUCUUCGAUCCUAUUAUCAAGCAGAUUGAGAAUCUCGUCGCCGAGCAAAGAACGAGCGUCAAGGCAGCAGGUCUUUCGACCAAGGCUAUUAUUCUGGUCGGGGGCCUUGGAGCCUCGGGGUAUCUCUUCAAGCGUCUACAGGCUGCUUUCAACGGCAUUCAAAUCAUGCAGCCCCCAAAUGCGUGGUCUGCUGUUGCUCGGGGCGCGGUCAUCCGUGGUCAAGAAGGGAAUCAAGUAGAGAGCCGCAUUGCCCGAUGCAGCUAUGGAAUUUCAAUGAACACCAAGUUUAACCCCGAAAUACACCGCGCAGAUGAGAAUCUCAUGUGGUGUCCAUAUGAAGAAGUAUGGCAAGUGCAUAAGCGCAUGAGAUGGUAUAUCCUCAAAGUGAGUAACCUGCCACUUCUACUGGGUAUUUUUGAAGAGAUUUUGAGUGCUGACUUGAGGGACUUUGAGGGAAAACCCGUGGCUGAGAGUGAGCCGAUAAGAAUGCGCUUCUACCGUGUGGUCGGCCUUGGGCAAUCUUUGGUAUUUCAGGACUCAUUGCAGUUUUGCCAGACGAACACAGCCCCCGAAACGAUGGAUUCCAGUGUCGCGAACCUGUGUGGGGUGGAGGCAGAUCUGAGCAGAAUCCCGAGGGAGCUUUUUACAAAGAAAACGAACUCCAAAGGUGAAGAAUUUUACCACAUCGACUAUGAUUUGGUUCUAACGCCAACUUCCGCAUCGUUGUUGUUCGACCUGCAAUUCAACGGUGUCUCCUACGGGAGCGUGAGAUCUCGCUACUGA